AUGGCCACCACCUCGCUCGCACUGCUCGAUCAUCAGACGCUGCAGCUGCCAUCACCGCCGGCGGUGGCGUACAACGGCGGCCGCUCCGACCGCCUGAGCCAGGAGAUCUUCUCCAUCCUCGAGUCCAACUUCCUGUUCGGCGCGUCGCCGCUGGAGGGCGGCGGCGCGUGCUCCGCGGGCCGCGUCCGCGUGCUCUCCAUCGACGGGGGCGCCGACGGCGGCGCGCUCGCCGCAGCCGCGCUGGUCCGCCUGGAACGCCGCCUGCAGGAGCUCUCCGGCAACACCGCCGCGCGCGUCGCGGACUUCUUCGACCUGGCCGCCGGCUCCGGGGCCGGCGGGUUCCUCGCGGCGGCGCUGUUCGCGUGCCGGAUGCCCGCCGAGGCGGCGCGCGAGUUCGUGGCCAAGAACCGCAAGGUCCUGUCCGGGGGGCGCGGCGGGAGCGGCGGGGGCCUGAUGUCGAUGUCGUUCCGGCGCGCCCGCCCCGAGGCCUUGUUCCGGAAGGUGUUCGGCGACCUGACGGUGCGCGACGCCGCGAAGCCGCUGCUGAUCCCGUGCUGCGACAUGGCGAGCGCGGCGCCGUUCGUGUUCUCCCGAGCCGACGCCGUGGAGGCCGACGCGUUCGACUUCCCGCUGUGGCAGGUGUGCGCGGCGGCCUGCGGCGUGGGCCCCGCGGAGGUGGCGUCCCUGGACGGGCGCACCAGGCUGCACGCCGCGGCGGGGGCGGCGGGGGCCGGCGGGGGUGGAGCGUCCGCCGCUGUGGCGAACCCGACGGCCGUGGCGCUCACGCACGUGCUCCACAACAAGCGCGAGUUCCCCUUCGCCGCCGGCGCGGCCGACCUCGUGGUGCUGUCCCUCGGCGGGAGCGCGCCCGCCGCCGCCUCCUCGCUGGGUCGCCCCUCGUCCUCCAGCCUCCUGCGCAUCGCCGGAGCCUGCCAGGCCGACAUGGUUGACCAGGCCGUGUCGAUGGCGUUCGGGGAGAGCAGAGCGACCAACUACGUCCGCAUCCAGGGCAACGGCAUUACGCCCGGCGAGACGGCGGAGGCGGCGCUGGCGGAGCGGGGCGUGGAGUCGGUGCUGUUCCGUGGCAAGAAGCUGAUGGCGCAGACCAACGGCGAGCGGCUGGACGCCGUGGCGGAGCAGCUGGUCCAGGAGCACCACCGCCGGCUGGAGAGCAAGACCCCCGUGGUGCUGGUGAAGCCCUCCGCGACGCCGCGGACGUCGUCGUCGUCGGCGUCCACGCUCAUCACCGUGUCAACCAACUCCUCGUCGGAGUCGCCCUGA